CCCUAAAUGACCGCACAGAUGCAUAGUACAGCACCAAAGGGGACAGGUGCACUGAUCAUCAGUGUAGCCCCAUCAGUACCACCUGUCAGUGCCCAUCAACGCCACCUGUCAGUGCCCAUCAACGCCACCUGUCAGUGCCCAUCAACGCCACCUGUCAGUGCUCAUCUGAACUGCCUUAUAGUGCCACCUAUCAGUGCCAGUCAGUGCCACCUAACAGUACUAACUUUCAGUGCCCAUCAGUGAUGUCUGAAUGUCCACCAGUGAUGCCUGUCAAUGCCCAUCAGUGCCACCUACCAGUGCCUACUCAUCAGUGGCCAUCAAUGCCACCUGUCAGUG